UUUCCGAUCGCGUUCGAGAGGCGUUCUCCUAUUCUGAUACAGUGAUGUUGGAAAUAGAUUUGCAUGAUGAGGGCACCGUACGACAGCUGAUCCGGUGCAAAAAUCUCAGGCGAAAGCAAACGGCUGCUAACAGAUUGUUGUAUGAAUUGCGGGGUCUGAUUGUACAAGUCAGACCUACUACAUAUGCACUUCAUUUCAGUUAUGAGCAGGUUUCGCCACGGGUUGCUGACUCUGGUUCAGUCGCAGGGGAUGCAUAGAU